AGUGUUGAGGACGACAGCAGAAUCAUGGGCCGUCUCAGUUUAGUUCUUACCUUAAUGCUUAUGAACUGCAGUCUGCUGAUAUCUGCAGAUGACUGUGAUGGACCAACUGACGUUGUAACUGCAUGUGAGGGGUUUCUCCUGUAUCUGACCUGUCCAAAACAUCAUAAGAUCACGAUAAUUGAUGCACUCUAUGGGCGUAAAACUAAAGCAAUCUGCUAUGAUCAACCUCAAGACCAGCUCCAGAACACCAACUGCUAUUCUCCUCAUGCACUGCACAUUGUGUCAGAAAGGUGUAAUGGGAGUGUGCACUGCGCCAUACAUGCCACCAACAGUGUAUUCUCUAACCCGUGUGAGCACACAUACAAAUAUCUGAGAGUCAAAUACUGCUGCGAGCAUCAUAGGAGCUGAUCUUAUGUAUUUAGAAUCUCUAUUUCUCUGUUUCCAUACAUGGGCUGCUUGAAAAUCAAAUACCCUUUUAAAGUUUCUCUUCUGAAGAUUAAGCAUGGUUGCACUAUAAAAGCCAUGUGGGGACUGGGAUACAAGCAAGUUUGCUGUUCUGAUUUCUGCCUUACUGUGCAGGUUUCUUUUCAUACAGUUAAUAUUUCUAUUAUGCUCAGGUGGAAGUUUCUCAAUAAAAAUGAAUGAGGUGGUUAU